GCUCAGCUGUCUACCGGCCACUCCUCCUUCACCAGCCCCCGCCUGCUCGAAAGGCCGAAUGCAGGACCAACAGCAGUCCGUCAAAGGCUCUCCGGACAGCGACGCUGCCUCGGCCUCGGCGUCUGCGCAGGCGGCCUCCACGUCCUCGCCGCCCGCGAACAAUCAGAACAACCCCAUCUUCGCCCAGCACCCCACCUCCACUUCCCCGUCCGCCGCCGGUGCUGCUGUGCCUUCGGCCGCCUCUAUCGACCCUUCCGCUCUGCUUGUCUCUGCGCACCCUUCAGCGCCGCUGUCAGCGCCUGCACCGAUCACUACCGCUGCUUCUUCUGCCUCGUCGACGUCCAGCCAUCCCCAACAGCAGCAGCAGCAACAGCAGCAGCAGCAGCAACAACUAUCUGGCAACAUCGACCGGCCGUUCUACACCCGCAACCGCAGAGAACGACCGUGCGAUGGCUGUCGGAAACGCAAGACCCGCUGUCUGAGGCAAGAAGGCGCUGCUGUCUGCACAAUGUGCAUUUCUCACGACGAGGUCUGCACUUUUGUGCUCGAGCCCCCCAUCCGUCGCCGGCCACCCCCCACAAGCUCUGCGACCGGCAGCAGCACCAGCAUAACUACGACCGCCAAAGUAGCUCAGAAACCGCCAAAGAAAGCUGUGAACUCGACGCCCUCGCCAGAUUCUGCUUUACAGCAGCAGUCGCAGGCGUCUCAGAUCCAGAUGCUGGACCCCCCACACCUUCACCAGCAAUCACCUUCUCUCACCCAGUCUAAUGCUCUAAGUCACGGACAAGCACCUCACCCUCAGUUUCAGACUUUACAGCAGACACAGUAUCAGCCAGCGACUCAAGCUAUGCACCAUUCUUCACUCGAACCCUCGCUUUUGAUGCAGCAGCAUCGUCUCGACGAAUACUCUGGCGAUAGACUACGACCAGAUUCGGACGAGCGACGACCUGAUGAUAGGCUGGGAGAUUUACCGGCGGCGAAGCGUUUACGAAUUGAUAGACCAAAUGCUGAGAAUGAAGGUGACCCCACAGAUGAACAAGGCUCAGAUAUAAUGGACCCUAUCUCGAAUGCGAGCUCACUGGGCAUGAACGAAACAGCUUAUUCCGAACUUGUGGGUCCUAAUCUACUAGACCACGAAUACCAAUUUGUUCAUCGACUGUCGAUUGCCGCUGGAGCCAGGUUACAGAUCUCAAAAUCGAAUUACCUCCGUCCGGUUUCGAACGAUGCUAUAUUUCUGAUGACAACGGAUCAGGAGCUGAGCGAGGAUCAUAAGCUGGUUGACGAGAUCGAGAGCAUUGUCGAGCCAUAUGGACCCAAGUUGGUUGCGCUGUACUUUCGAAUAGUCCAUCCUUCUUAUCCCAUCAUCCAUAAGACUUACUUUUUGUCGCAAUACAAGACAUCGCCAAAGUUGAUUUCACCUCCAUUAUUGGCCGCAGUGUACUCACUAGCACUGAACUGGUGGGCGUACGAUCAUGAACUAUCGCAUGUGGACGCGCAGCCAGACUCGGUCAAGCUCGACUCGAUUUCGUUUACGGCUAUCCAGCGACAUCUUCACAGGGCGCGAUUGUCGACAGUGCAGGCUGGUUUACUGCUACUACAGCGAAAGCCAGUGUCAGUAUACGGAGGCUUUAACUUGGGUAAGACGCAGGUUUCAGCUUUUACUGCGCAAUUGGUAGGAGUUGCACAAGCACUUGGGCUGCACUUGGACUGCAGUCGUUGGCAUAUCCCAUCAUGGGAGAUUCCUCAACGGCGACGGGUCGCGUGGGCGCUCUAUGUGCAGGAUAGAUGGGCGGCGUUAUGUCAUGGACGGCCGUCGUACAUUGAUGACAAGAAUUGGGUAGUGCCUAUGCUUGAUCUGGAUGAUUUUUGUGCCGAGCUGUCAGCUGCGUCGGGAGUGGAUAAUGGAGCGGAGCUUUUGAUUGAGAUAUCAAAGCUGACGUUUAUAUUAUCAGAGAUCCUGCAGACGUUCUUUUUCGCAGAGUACACCAAGUACAAGCACGAGAUACGAGCACCGCAGGUUGUGUUUGAUUUGGCGAAGCCUUUGCAGCUGAUGCUGAGACAGUGGCAUGCGGGUCUGUCGGAUUGCUUGUAUAUGAAGCCUUCGAAUAUGACGAGCAAGCGACUUUGUACGACGGGGUAUCUUCAUCUGGCGUACUACACGGUUGAGAUUGCGCUUCAUCGGGCGAUACUGCGGGCGCUUGAAGGAUGCCAGGAUAAUGUUGUUGUGACGCAGUUUAGGACUGCGGCGAAUGACCGAGCGAAUGCGGCGGUUAACUUUGUGCGGUCGCUAUCGGCGGAAUAUUUGGAGGCGUUCUGGAUUCAUUCGUCAAGGGACUGUAUAGUUGAGAUUGGACAGUUCAUUUCGCUUUUGGAGGUGACGUCGAUUUCGGACGAUGAGGCCAAGGUGUAUAAGGACUAUAGGGAAGGCUUCCAGUGGCAUCUUCGGGUGCAUUCUCGGGCAGCAUGGAUGUUUGAGUAUGCGUUGCUACGGUUAGAGAAGACGGUGUGGUCUAUAUUUGCGGCGGUGCCGCCGACUUGGGCUGCUGCUCAACAGCCUCGGAUAUCCCAGCAGCCGCAACAACAACAACAGCAGCAGCAACAACAGCCGCAACAACAUCAGCAACAGAUACUACAGAAACAGCAGCAGCAACAGCAGCAGCAGCAGCCACAGCAAAAUGAACCAUCAGAGCUGCAAAACCAACAGCAAAAGCAGCAACAGCAGAAUGUGCAGGAAUCUAAUGCGACAGUUGGGAUGACGAAAGACAUGAAGUAUGUGAAUGAUUCGUCGCCUAUGCUGUCGCAAUUGAAUGCAAAGACGCCAGAGCAGCUUUCGCUGAGCGGGAUGCAUCGGACACAUUCGCAAAUCACGGGGUUGAAGCUCGAACCGGGGUUGGAUAUGGGAGCAGGAAACACCGGGAGUGAGUUUUGGACUAGCCCAGCGAGCAGCGUGGACGAUGGGGUGAAUGGAGUGGCAUUGCCGUUUUCGUCUGUGAUUGCGGGGGAAGAGACAGGUACGAAUAGUGAAGGACUGCAAGCGUUUGAGGAGGUCAGCGGGAUGUUGUUUGAGGGGGAGUUUGUGUCGACGAGUAGCUGAUAGCAGCAAUAAUAAUAAUGACGAUGAUGAGGACGAUGAGAGGGGAGGAGAGGGAGGGGAGGGGUGGUGUUGAUGAGUUACGAACAGAUGAUGUUUUAAUAGCUUAAUAAUGUACUUUUAGAUGAAGACCAC